GUGUACUCAGUCGAAUUCGAUCGAAUUGAGCCAAAAUAUUGGUUUUUGCUUUUCCACGGAGAGAAAUCAGAAUCUGUCGGACUCCGACUCAGUCUAACGUAUUCGAUUGGCAGUUUACACUCCACAUAAGCUGUGACAUAAGUGGCUGGAAGCACACAUCAACGACUCCGUCGUCGAUCCGCGGGUAAUUUUUUGAUGAAAGUUUGUUUUAAAAUUCAGGACGCUCUGUUUAUGUGAAUAUUUCUUUAAAAGAGGUGUAAUGUUUAUGAUCUGCAAUGGUGGAUGAAGGACGGUUUAUUUAUGGGAGUGAAAGAGAAGAGAAAUGUUUUUCAUCUGAGAUAGUUUAAGGCAAGGAGACAGACUGAUAAAAAGGUUCAAAAAGCGGGAACAGCAGUUGACAUUCUCUAUCCACACGCAUCAGGGAUUUAUGCACGACGUUCAUGUUUUCGGAUUUCCAGUGGACUGAAGGAACAUUUCUACACCCUUGAACAGGAAACAUCAAGAAUACUUUGGAAAAUCUGGUGACUGGACUAUUGCUUGCUUCCAAGUGUUCGAACUCCCACCAUGGAGAUUGUGGGUUUGUUCCUGGGCUAUCCUGUUACAUCAUGCCUUCUGUGCGUUUUGGCGUUGCUUCUGGCUUGGAUCUGCUUUGUAAAGAGCCACUAUUCAGUCUUCCAGAGGAUGGGACUCCCCGGACCUGAGCCUGUGUUCCUCAUGGGAAACACUCUAGACUUUGCCAAAAAGCUUCCUCUUGAAGUAUUUAAGUACUGGACAAAAAAGUAUGGUCACGUGUAUGGGUUCUAUGAAGGGCUGCGCCCUAGUGUAGUCGUGUCAUGUCCUGACUUAGCACACCAAAUUCUGGUCAAACACUUCAAUAAGUUUUCAGCACGACCGGUGAUCAACCCUUUCACGCAUGAACAAGAAGAUCUGAGUCUCCAGAACUCCAGUGGAGAUUUGUGGAAGAGACAACGACAGGCAGUGGCUGGAGGUUUGAGCUCUGGCGCCAUUCGUCAGAUGCUCCCCCAAAUAUGCAACAUGACGAAUAAAAUGCUGGAAUCGCUCGGCAAGACAACUGAAUUCAACGAGAGCGGAUUUUUUGUCGACAAAAUCAUCGAAUGCUACUCUCUGGACUGGUUUGCCCAUGCUGCUCUGUACUAUCCAACCAACGCUAUGGCAGACGAGAGUGACGUCAUGCUGCGGUACAUGCGGGCCUCACACGAGUCGAUGUCUCCCGACAAUGCCGUCUCCGGACUAGCAAAGUUGUUUCCCUUAUUGACCCGCCUCCUGAAACCGCUGGACAAAACUCAUCGCCAGGUCACCCAGCUGAUGACACAACACGCCACAACGUUUGUGAGGUCUCUCCAGAAUGAUAUCACACAGUUCCAGAAAAAUAAUCACAAAAACAUUAUAUGCCAGCUCAUCAAGCACCAAGAAUCUUCUGGAACGUCGCCAUCUCAGGGCAAGGCGUCACCCUGCCGAGAAACGGAUGAAAAACAAAACGUGAAUCAUGCCCAACAAUCAAGCAGACCCAGUUUGAAAGAGUCUGAGGUUGUUGGGGAAAUAUCAGGCCUUGUGGGAGGUGGUGUCGGUCCUAUUUCUUCGGCCUUGACCUUCUGUCUGUACACGCUAGCCGUGUACCCCCAAAAAGCUGAGCGGGUUGUACGAGAAGUGGACGCAUUGGUAUUUGCAAAGGACGUGCCCAGCUUGGAAGAGCUGAACAGCCUACAAUAUCUGGACGCUUUCAUCAACGAGACGCUACGAUUGUUCCCUGUGGCUCCUGGGGUAUCCCGCAUGUGUAUCGAAGACUGCACGGUAAACGACAUUCCCUUCUCCAAAGGGACGGUGGUCAGGGUGAUGGGCUCCACCAUGAACUGCGACCAAAGCUACUUCGACCGACCUAGCGAAUUCUUGCCCGAAAGAUUUCUGCAGUCAGAUUCCGACACCGCUCCCUCGUCACUUGGCCUGCACCCGCUACAGAAGAGCGCGUGGAUCCCCUUUGGUUUGGGGCCCCGGAUGUGUGUGGGUCAGAGGUUGGCACAGGUUGUCCUCAAAUUGUCCUUGGUUCGAAUCUUGCAAGAGUUCAACAUCAGGACCUCGCAUCUCACUCAGGUUCCUCUGGAAGUUGCCUUACGUCCGUUCCUGGUCGCUCGUGAUGGUGUGCACGUGCAGAUGAGCAGACGUAAACAAAACCCGAUGAAGAGCUCAGGGUGACUUCAUUCCCAGUUACCCGGUCUACGGCGAUGGGCGACAAAGAAAAUACACGAAUGGGAGUUUUAGAUGCCGUCACUCCUCAUCUACUCGUCUAUGGCGCCUCUGAGAAUUGAACUUUUCGAAUUCUGAUUAUGGCCCUGCUAGCGUUCAACUAUCUGGCAACAUUACCAAGUGUUUUUUCGCUACAGAUUGACUGUAUUGCCGGUUUUAACUUAUAGAGCAAGGGUAGACAAAUCCCGGCCCGCGGGCCAGAUUAGACCAGCGAGGUCAGUUCGGUUGGUCUGCCGCCAGGCCACCAUGCCGUAAAAAGACCCUCGGAAGAUCUGGGGGGGUCUUUGCGUGCUCGGGACGUGAGAUAUCAAAAUAAAUCAAUAAUUUCACUGAACUCUACAGUGCCAAUCGAACGUGCUUUUAUAGACUUCAUAACGUCACACUCUUGCAGGGCUUUUAUGUGACAAAACAGUCAUUCAGCUCGCGGUCCUCAUUCCCUCAGUUAUUUGGCUCCAUUUGAAAAAAAGGUUGGCGACUCCUAUUAUAGAGCAUAGAUUCUAUUAUGUCAGAAAAGUAAAAAGCGAGAAGAGGUUAGGAAUACACAUCAUCAUUGGUUCUCCAAGUGAUGACAUGAAUAACUUCUGUGCUCUCUUCAUCCGCUUGUUCAGUUUGAGUUUUAGCCUCAAAUGUUCACCUUUUUUUUUCAAAGCUAUUUUCAAAUCAUAGUGGUAAGAGCAAAAGAAUGAAUAAAACAUAAUGGGCUGACGUUUUAAAAACAUGAUCAUUGUUCUAUAACAGAGCAGAUAACUGACACUUUGAAUACAUGUGCUCUGAUGUACGGAAGAGUUGGCAAAUGAUCUCAAAUAACGACAUGCACACUCUCUUUGAAUCCUGGUAAUAAUAUAUUAUUUUUUGUGUGUGAGUGUGGGUAGGGCGGGGUGGGGAUGGGUUCUUUUCUUUUUAAAGAUUUUUUUUAAAAAUUGUUUUCUUGUCUUCUUGCUUUUGGGUUUUUUAUUAACUUUGUUGCUGUCGCUUUGUGUUUGCAUUGGAGCCUAACGAGCAAAGAAAAGAGCCCCCCCUCCCCCAUUUCCACACACACACAUCCCCCCCCCCCAACCCCCAAGAAAAAACAUAAUGGAGAACUGCAAUCACAGUAGACCUGAGAAUCACUUUGGAUGGUAAAAACAACUGAGAGAAAAUUGUGAUCACAUCCUAUAUCUAUAUCAAUCGGCAUAGGGAAGAACUUUGGCCAUCUCUUUUAUUGCUUUGUAUGCAUUAUCCUUUUAUGAGAGCACUCGAUUGUGGGUACAUUUCACAGAAAACAAGAGAAUGAAAGAAAAAGUGAAACAGAAAAACAAGAGAUAGAAGGGCAGGCAAGAGAGGGAGACCGUAGACGUUUCACGUCCCCAUCAACACAGUUUAGAUCAUUUAGGAAGCGACCUACUUCGAACCGGCCUGUAGAUGCCAACCCGUGCUGAGAAGAGUACAACCUUCCAGCGGAAAUGCCGAUACUCAAUUCGAUACAAACUGUUCCCACAAAGGAAGCGAACUCAAGUCUCCUGCGUGAGACGGCGAAGUGCUUAACCACUGCACCACAGACGUCGGUGAGGGGGAGAAGGAGGGAGAAAGCGAAAAGAGAAAAACGCAGGCUGACAAACAGCCAGACAGCAGGACGUAUCACUAGUAUCAGGGGCGUCGCCCCUGUUUAUUCUUUUUUAAAGAUAACAUUGAUUACUGUGACUUUUAUGUUUGUUUGAGUGUAAAGAGAAGCACAUCGACACAAUAACGGUCAUUUAGUGCUAGGAAAAAGGUACGACAGACAGACAGAAACAUCAGAGGGAAAGAAAAGAAGUAGGACCUACCGUUGGCGCCAUUCAACCACCAUCAGAUUUUUAUGUAGUUAUGUAUCAACUGUAUGUCUUCAAUUACGAACCAUAGCAUUUAAAAUCAACUUUUUUACCUGAUUUCUUUUUUUUACCCCUUCUUUUAUUGUGUCGAAAGUAUUCAAGUGGACUAUGGAAAUAAAGGAUUUGUUCUCGGAGUAUU